GUCAGUAAUGCCGCGAUGACCUGGGUACAUAUUAGAACAACCAGGACUUUAAAGACUUUCUUUGUUGGAUUUAUAAUUGGUUUUCUUGGUGAUUGCUUUGUUCAAAACUUCUGGCAAGACAUUAUGGUGACUUCGCCAAUGCAGAAGUCGACCAGAAACCUGACUGGCAGGGAUUUUCAAAAUGUUAUCAACACUAAACUAAAUGACGAUGUGCCCACAAGAUCAGAUUUUAUUUAUGAAGAUGAUUCCCUCGCUCAGAACCUGAAAUCGCAUGUCAGAGUUUUGAUCUGGGUGAUGACCUCACCGGACAAUAUAGUCAAACUGAAAGCCAAAGCUGUCAGAGACACCUGGGGGAAAAGGUGUAACAAGCUGCUAUUUUUCAGUUCCAAGGAUGACCCUCAGCUGCCAGCAAUAGGACUGAAUGUUACAGAGAGCUAUGAAAAUCUGACAGACAAGACAAGGCAAGCCUUUCACUACAUCUACAGACAUCAUUACAACGAUGCUGAUUGGUUUAUGAAGGCAAACGAUGACACGUACGUCAUUGUUGAAAACUUAAGGUACUUCCUGUCCAAACAAAACUCUGGCGAAGCGGUCUACUUCGGACAUCGGUUAAAUAUAGGCGAGUUUAAUAGCGGCGGCUGUGGCUAUGUACUCAGCAAAGAAGCGCUGCGACGUUUCGGCCAAGACGCUACGUCACUGUGCCAGCAGAAAAGUCUCUACGAAGACGUAGAUAUGGGACUCUGUAUGAAGCGCCUUGGUGUUCGUAUCGGCGAGACCAGGGACUCUCUUGGAAGGAUGAGGUUCUACGCCUUCAAAUUAGAAUUUUUCCUAUUGCGCGAUAAUUACAACAGCACAGAUUUAAUGGAAAAGGGAAGGGAGAGAAUCAGUAACUACGCCAUCAGUUUUCACAAGUUAACUCCCCGCAUGAUGCUGUACACUGACCUAUAUAUCUACCACAUUCAACGGUUUGGUAUAUUCCAGUGUUCUCCAAACUGUGUUCCGUGGGACAAUGGUGUUCCAUGAGGCCUGGAUAAGUGUUCCAUGAGGCCUGGAUAAGUGUUCCGUGAGGCCUGGAUAAGUGUUCCAAGAACUUCUGGAGAAGUUAGACUAGUAGACCUACACGUUAACUAAUCCCCAAGUAAAUGCAGAAAAGAAAAAUUGAUUUUUUUCUUCUUCUCGGUAACGAAAAUAAAUUGUAUAGCAAAAUGACUAAGAACUUUGAACUGAUCUAGCUUCUAACUCUAAUUCUGAACGAAGAUACAAAGAUAAAUCAUUUCAUUAUUUCUGGA